CUCUUUUUACCCCUCGUCGUCGCAGUGAACGCUUGGUCGCAAAGGCUCCAAGAGCUUGAAGCUCUUUUUGUAACGCAAUUUCUCCGGCUGAACAUCAUUGCCUGAUCGCCCUCCCGCCAAUAUCGUUCUCAUCCUUAUCCCCUCCCCCACACUUCCCGAUGUCUGAGACUCAACAAUCUCAGGGCCCUUCCGGAUCGCAAGGCUCCAACCGAGGCGGUCGCCGGCGCGGACGAGGGGGAGGUUUCGGAGCUGCUCGUCAACCUGGACAAUCUGAAACCUUGCAACAAAGCAAUGAAGGCCCUGGGAAAGGGUCAAGAUCCAGAGGUCAAGGACUCCGCCGGGGCGGCGGCGGAGGUCGCGACAAACAGAAAUCUCUUGCGAACACUGUCGCUGGAAGACCGACUCCGGCCGAUGCCACAGCCACAAGCGAGAGUAAGGGAAAGCAGGCAGUUACAGAGGACUCCGACGAUGCGGAUGAUGGGGAGAUCUGCUUCAUCUGUGCUUCGAAGGUUGAGCAUACCUCAGUUUCACCUUGCAAUCACCGGACCUGUCAUAUUUGCGCGCUGCGGUUACGAGCAUUGUAUAAGAACAAAGCUUGCGCACAUUGUCGGACGGAAUCUAGCUAUGUAAUCUUCACAGAUGACCAUGCUAAGCGCUUUGAGGACUUCACGGAAGCAGAUUUCUCCCAGAAGGAUGACAACCUUGGAAUCAAGUAUGAGAGUGGUGAGAUCUUUGAGGAUACUGUAUUACUACUGCGGUACAAUUGUCCUGAAAGAAGCUGUGAUGUUGCUUGCCUGGGCUGGCCUGACCUGCACCGCCAUGUCAAGAGCAAGCACGGGAGGGUGAUGUGUGAUCUGUGCACGCGCAACAAGAAGGUCUUUACUCACGAGCAUGAGCUGUUCACUAAUCAAGAAUUGCGUCGACACGAGAAACACGGAGACGAUGUUCCUGGUGCAAUUGAUCAAAGUGGAUUCAAGGGACACCCAGAGUGUGGGUUCUGUAGGCAACGUUUCUAUGGUGAUGACGAACUUUAUGCUCACUGUCGUGACCGUCACGAGCGGUGCCACAUCUGCGAUCGACGCUCUGGAAAUCGCCAACAACAGUAUUACAUUGACUACAACGCGCUCGAGGACCAUUUCCAAAAGGACCACUUUCUCUGCUUGGAUAAGGAGUGUUUGGAGAAGAAAUUCGUGGUCUUUGAAUCCCAAAUGGACCUGAAGGCGCAUCAGCUGGAAAAUCACCCUAACGGGCUCUCCAAAGAUGCGAGACGCGACGCACGCACGGUUGAUCUUUCCACCUUUGACGACUUGAGAGCUCCAUACCAGCCUCAACGACAACGCCGUGGGGCAGGCCGUGGACGCGAUCCCAACUCGGAGCCUCUGCCUGUCUCUAGCGCACAGCCACUGAGACGAGACGAACUCGCCUAUCAACGACAGAUGGCCAUUCAAAGUGCACAGUCUGUAUCGACCCGGAGCUUCGGCGGCCAGCUCACCCGCAACGACACCCAACCUGUGCGCGCUCCUGCUCGCUCCGCGGCUGGCACGCCUGCGCAGACGCCUCCGGCCGCAUCUACUCCCGUCGCUGAAAUGGAGAGUCUCACUUUGAGCGCGGACUCUGGCCCCGUCUCUCCUCAAGAACAAGCACGCCGUCUGCGCCAUGCUGCCGUAGUUGAACGCGCCUCCAACCUGCUCGCUAAUGAUAAGAACAAGCUCAACGAGUUCCGCAGCAGAGUCUCUAGCUAUAAGACUUCUUCCAUCUCAGCGACCGAGCUAAUCGACGCGUUCUUCUCCCUUUUCGACACCUCCAGCACCGAGCUUGGUAAACUGAUCAAGGAGCUCGCAGAAAUCUACGAGGAUGACAACAAGCGCACUUCCUUGCUGAAGUCCUGGAACGACUGGCGGGCAAUCAACGAAGAUUAUCCCGCUCUUCCCGGCCCCGGCGGCACAAUUCCCGGCAUGUCUCCAGGAACCGUCAACGGUAGCGGCGUGGGUGGCAAGCGUGUGUUACGUCUCAAAUCCUCCACCGCUCAGUCCUCUCGAUCCGCUGUGGGCAGGAGCGGUGCUAUGCCCUCCUCGUCUUCCUCGACCAGUGCUUUCCCUCCUCUUUCCUCCGUCACUGCUCGCUCUACCCCGCUUUCCAACCCAGCUGCAUCCACCCCCUGGGCCAGCUCAGCAACAACUUCCGCCGCUCCAUCGCCUUCCAUUACCCCUCGCACCACCUACUCGACUCGCUCGGCAGCCCCCGCCACCUCCCGCUCGGUUCAGGCAAGCAACCCCGAUGCCUUCCCUGCUCUCCCGGCCGCUCCCAAGCCCAAUGUUCUCAUGGCAGGCCUCACCCGCGGCACCGUCCGCUGGGACAGCCGUGGCCCUCAGGUCAACGCCUGGUCCUCCUCGUCACGGAACGACUCCGGCGCCAAUUCCACGGCGGAGGAAGAGGAAUUCCCUGCGAUCGGUGGUAGUCAAACCCAAAUCACUUUCACAAUGGCGACUCUUUUGCCUCCUCCGAGUAAACGUCAGAAGACGGAGAUUGCUGAGAGGGCCCGUCUCCAGCAAGAGAUUGAGAGCAUCCCGGAAGGCCUGGGCAGCGUUCGGGUGCAGUUUUUCGACCAAGCGACAGGAGCGCCAACCGGGCCAGCAGUGUCCGUUCCAGUGGCCGAUGCUAAUGUGAAGAACUUGGAGACUCUUCUCAAUACCCUACAAGGCAAUGAAGAUGAUGAGCGGGUGCCGUACCGGUUUACCUACCAGUCAGACGAUAAGGACAACCAAACCCUCGACAUCCUGACACACCUGUACCAUUCCCUUCUCAAGCCAGGUCUCAAAACCACCGAAGAUACUGUCCACCUGUACUACGCGCCGCAGGCGGUUUUCCGAGUCAAGGCGGUCUCGCGAUGCUCGGCUUCCAUCGCCGGACACGGCGAGGCAAUCCUGGCUACAUCCUUCUCCCCCGUUAAUUCGUCCACCAUGGUCACCGGGAGUGGUGAUUCGACGGCUCGUAUCUGGGACUGCGACACGGGAACUCCACUGCAUACUUUGAAGGGUCACACUAGCUGGGUGCUGGCGGUCAGCUACUCUCCUAACGGCGCGAUGGUUGCGACAGGAAGCAUGGACAAUACGGUACGGGUCUGGGACGCGAAGAAAGGCACAGCCCUGGGGGCCCCGUUGAAGGGCCAUGCGAAGUGGAUUACCAGUCUGGCAUGGGAGCCGUAUCAUUUGCAGCAGCCGGGGCGCCCGCGCCUGGCUUCUGCCUCCAAGGAUUCGACAGUCCGCGUCUGGGACGUGGUCAGCAAGCGCAUCGACAUGGUUCUUACCGGCCACAAGGGUUCCGUCACCUGCGUCAAGUGGGGCGGAACUGGCAAAAUCUACACAGCCUCGCAUGACAAGACGGUCAAGGUGUGGAAUGCGGAGAACGGAACCCUGAUCCAAACCUUGUCCGCCCACGCCCAUCGGGUGAACCACCUGGCUCUGUCUACGGACUUUGUCCUCCGCACCGCUUACCACGAUCACACGGGCAAGGUCCCGCAAGCCGACACCGAGAAGGUCGCCGCCGCGAAGCAGCGGUACGAGCAAGCCGCCACCAUCAACAACAAAAUUGUCGAGAAGCUCGUCUCCGCCAGCGACGACUUCACCAUGUACCUCUGGGAACCGGAGAACUCCAGCAAGCCCGUCGCGCGUCUCCUCGGUCACCAGAAGGAGGUCAAUUACGUCACGUUCUCGCCGGACAUGGCCUACAUCGCCUCGGCGGGAUUCGACAACCACGUCAAGCUAUGGAAUGCCCGGGACGGAAAAUUCAUUACGACUCUGCGCGGUCACGUCGGCGCCGUCUACCAAUGCUGUUUCUCCGCCGACUCCCGCAUGCUGGUUUCCUCGUCGAAAGACACCACACUGAAGGUCUGGAACGUCCGGACGGGCAAGCUAUCCGAGGAUCUGCCGGGACACAAGGAUGAAGUCUUCGCAGUAGACUGGAGCCCUGACGGACAGAAGGUGGGCAGCGGUGGUAAAGACAAGGCUGUGCGGAUAUGGCGUAACUAAUGUGCGAAAGCUUUUCUGUUUUUCCCUGUCUGUCUUUCCUUUUCUUGGAUGAAUAAGUAUAUAGAACCAGAUACCCUGCUAUUACCCUG